AUGCCCCGCCGUCGCUUGCGCGUGUGGAUGCGGCGGCUGCCCUUGAUGGCCGCUGCGUGCGCGGAUCUAGUACGGAGAGGCACCCAUGGCGUCCUCUCCCCCGGCGGCACCGCGUCAGCGCCGGAAGAUGCGGCGGACGGCUUUCCUGGCGGCUGCGUGCACAGAUCCAAGAUUGAGACACCGCCACAGUGUUCAGCUGAGGCGCUGGCUGCCUUCCCCAUCGUCAACGGUUUGCGAUUCGCAUCCUCCGCCUCCCAUUCACCUUGCACCCGAUGCGCUUUACGGUACGAGUUUGUGACCCCCGAACCAAAAUCUUCGCUGUUGAUUCAUGCGCAAACGUCGGCUCAAACUGGUGGGCGGGUUUGUCCAAGUCAGACAGAUCCGCAAGCCCGCGCAUACUAUCAGCUCAGCAAAUGUGGCGGCUGUGUUGUCCAUGAGGCUUGCCAUUCAGCCAUUGUAGUCCCAUCGCCGGCCGGGGGAGAUGACAGGACGCAAAAACAACAGGUGGACAUGCAGAUAUAUGUCAAGUGUGGAUCUAAAUGCUUCUAUCCUGAGACUGCAGCAUUCUAUAAUCUUGAUGAAAAUGCAAUCAUCAGCUGCCUUCUGGAGUUCUAG